CCUGCCAGCAGCUGGCAUGAGGUUUGUUGAUGCUUUUGCUGGUUGAUUAUGCAGGCAGACCUGGUUCCCAUUGGUCGGCCCGCUCGGCCAAUGAGAGCCGCCCCGGAACCUGGGGUGGCAGCACUACGGUCCACGUGCGGGACUGUGUAACACGGCGCUGACAUCACCCGGCGGUCGGCCAAUGGCGAGGCCGCCGGGCGUUACACAAUUGGGGGCAGCGGCUCUGCCGGAGCCACCGGGCGCGGGUGGCAUUUGGGGGGCGCCCGGCUGCAGAGGAUGCACCUGGAGCCCUGGGCAGCCAAGAGAAGCCGGCCGGCCGUGGCGGGGUUUGCAGCACCGAAGAGAGGCAGAACCCCAGAGACGUGCAGUGCCGCUGUCACUGUACAGCCUACGACAUCUCUGACUGGAUCUGUCUCUAGCCCCGAACCCUGCACCUCCGCGCAGGCUGGGUGAUGUCCCCGGCUCCUCCCCGAUCAUGAGCACCAGCUGCGAGCCAGGCCAGACGCCCUUCGAGGGGGCAAGUGUGGGCGGGGCCGGCUCCGGAGCCCCCCGGCGGACCCGGGCCCAGGGCCGGGCCACCGACGACAUGGACGCCAACAGCAACGGCUCCAGCGGCACCGAGUCGCGCGGGCGGGACUCCCUGCGCAGCGACCGCAGCAGCAGCGGGAACGGCAAGGACUCAGCCCUGCUCGAGACCACAGAGAGCAGCAAGAGCACCAACUCCCAGAGCCCGUCUCCCCCUAGCAGCUCCAUCGCCUACAGCCUUCUGAGCACCAGCUCCGAGCAGGACAACCCCUCCACCAGCGGCUGCAGCAGCGAGCAGUCUGCGCGGGUGAAGACCCAGAAGGAGCUGAUGAAGGCGCUGAAGGAGAUGAAGAUCCGGCUGCCCUCGGAGAAACGCGGCAAGGGCCAGUCGGGCACCUUGGCCACCUUGCAGUACGCGCUGUCCUGCGUCAAACAGGUCCAAGCCAGCCACGACUACUACCAGCAGUGGACCAUUGACGAGAACCAGCCCUGCCAUCUGGAUGUGGCCAGUUACACCAUCGCCGAGCUGGAGGGCAUGACCUCCGAGUACACCCUCAAGAACCCUGACACGUUCGCCGUGGCUGUCUCCUUUGUCACGGGCAAGAUCCUUUACAUCUCGGACCAGGCGGCCUUCGUCCUGCACUGCAAGAGGGACGUCUUCAAGGGGACCACCUUUGCCGAGUUCCUGGCCCCCCAGGACGUCAGCAUCUUCUACGGCUCCACCACCCCCUUCCACCUGCCCUCCUGGAGCGCCUGCACCUCGGCCACUGCUGCCGCUGUGGACUACACCCAAGAGAAAUCGGUCUUCUGCCGGAUCAGUGGAGGCCAUGCCCGUGGGCGGGAGCUGUGUUACUUCCCCUUCCGGCUCACGCCUUACCUGGCCAAGGUGCGCCCCGCAGACAGCGCCGAGGGCCAGCCCUGCUGCCUGCUCAUCGCCGAGCGCAUCCACUCGGGAUACGAAGCUCCCCGGAUCCCGCCCGAUAAACGGAUCUUCACCACCAGACAUACCCCCAGCUGCUUGUUCCAGGACGUGGACGAGAGGGCUGCCCCCCUGCUGGGUUACCUCCCCCAGGACCUGAUUGGCACGCCCGUCCUCUUCUACCUGCACCCGGAGGACAGGCCGCUCAUGCUGGCUAUCCACAAAAAAAUUCUCCAGCACGGCGGGCAGCCCUUCGACCACUCCCCGCUCCGUUUCUGCACCCGCAACGGCGAGUAUGUCACCAUCGACACCAGCUGGUCCAGCUUCGUCAACCCCUGGAGUCGCAAGGUCUCCUUCGUCAUGGGGCGCCACAAAGUGCGCACGGGUCCCCUCAACGAAGACGUCUUCACGGCCCCCAAGGCACUGAAGAUGCGGCCGCUGGAGCCCGACAUCCAGGAGCUCUCGGAGCAGAUCCAUCGGCUGCUCCUUCAGCCUGUGCACAGCAACGGCUCCAUGGGGCUCUGCAGCAUGGCCAGCAACGCCUCCCACGAGCAGUUCCUGAGCGCGGCCUCCUCCAGCGACAGCAAUGGCCUCCCCGCCGAGGAGACAAGGGCCCAGAGGCCGAUGACCUUCCAGCAGUUCUGUAAGGACGUGCACAUGGUGAAGAACCGGGGCCAGCAGGUGUUUAUCGAGUCCCGCGCCAAGCCGCCAGCUGCCAAGCCCCCCUGCGCAGGCCUGGAGACGCCCCAGGAUGGCGCCGGGCUGGGCAGGGAGGCCCCGUGUGAGGCGCAGCAGGGCCCGGGCCAAGUGGGCGCUUCUGAGGAGUCUGGCCAGAAGGAGCCCUCCAGUUACUCCUACCAGCAGAUCAACUGCCUGGACGGGAUCAUCCGGUAUCUGGAAAGCUGCAACAUCCCCAGCCGGGUGAAGCGGAAAUGCGGCUCCUCCUCGUACACCGGCUCCUCCAACUCGGACGACGACAAACAACGGGCAGGCAGGGAGGCGUCCGACUUGGCCAAAGAUGCGGCGGAGGAAAUGCUGCCAAGCCGGUCCAGGAGGGAGGAGGAGGAGCCCGCCGCGGCGGUGGGACCCCCGCUGGCCCCGCUGGCGUUGCCCAGCAAAGCCGAAAGCGUGGUGUCCCUCACCAGUCAGUGUAGCUUCAGCAGUACCAUCGUCCACGUGGGAGAUAAGAAAGCCCCAGAAUCGGACACGGCGAUGCUGGAGGAGGGCCCCGGCCCCACGCCCCCCGACCGGGAGCAGUACCGCCGUGUGGGGCUCACCAAGGAGGUGCUGUCCGUGCACACCCAGCAGGAGGAGCAGGCUUUCCUGACUCGUUUCCAGGAGCUCAGCCGUCUCCACGUCUUCGACGUGCCGGCCGGGCGCAGCCGGCAGGAGGGACCGGGCGCAGAGCCAGGGCACUGUGGCCUGCGGCGGGGCGCCGGCCGGCGCGGCAAAUCCAAGGCUAAGCGCGUCAAGCAGCACAAGGCGUCCGACAGCACCGGCUCCCCGCCUCCCCCCGGCCCUUGGCCCCCCUCGGCCGCCUCCCUGCCCUUCCCCGCCGUGCUGCCCGUCUUCCCGCCCAGGCAGCCCUGCGCCGAGCCCGCCCCCCACUUCCCUGCCCCCCUGGUGGCCCCCAUGGUGGCCCUGAUGCUCCCCAACUACGUCCUGCCCCCGCCAUACUUCCCGGCCCCCUUCGGGGAGCCCUUGGGUCCCCGCCUGCCUGCCCCCCCCCGAGGCCUCGCGCUCCACCACGCCCGAGCAGCCCAACUCGCCCCCCUUCGACUCCCGCUGCAGCUCCCCACUCCAGCUCAACCUGCUGCAGAUGGAGGAGGCCCCCAAGGUGGCCGAGCGGCAGGAGGUGCCUGGCGGCCAGGCCGGGCCGGGAGGUGGCAGGGCCAGCAGGACGCCUGGGGCCAGUGAACUCGGCCCACAGAAAGAAACCUGUCUGGUAAGGAGCCGCCCGCUGGGAAGGG